ACCAGUUAUUAGGAUGAUCACAUCCUGAGAUGUUUGCUACAACGUCGCGUGAUCAGCAAAUAGUUGUGCUUCCAGCCGGGGCCAUGGUUUAGUUCAAUUGUGCACGUUUAUGCAGCAAUCCCAGCUAUUAAAUCUGCUGAACGGUCAAUUGAUUCAGUUCCUUAAUUGUGCAUUCACUGUAGCAGCGCGUCAUGCAUGGAGUAGCACCGAUGAGGGCAUGACUACCACCAUCAGUGGCAUCAUGGAAGACGUCAGGAUCGGGAGCUUCGACGCCGCCGGUGCGUACCCGACGACGCUGCCCAGCCCGAGGAUGCUCGGUGAGCAAAACCAUUCGCCGCGCGAGCCGUCGGGCUUCAGGAAGAGCCUGAACCCAAUCUACACCGACCACGACACGGCCAGUUCCGCUUCCAUUUCCAUUUCCACGGCGGCGGUGGCGUCGUCGAGCUCAUCCUCGGCCGCAGGAAAUAAUCCUGCAUCAGCGGCGGCGGCACGGAGCAGCGACGGGAGCGGGGGCAGCCCUGCCCCAGAGGUGACGGUGCUCGCGCGGCGGCACACAGGCACCGGGGACGGCCGGUGGGAGGCCAUCAGCGCGGCGGAGCCCCCGCUGAGCCUGGGCCACUUCCGGCUCCUGAAGCGGCUCGGCUACGGCGACAUCGGCAGCGUGUACCUCGUCGAGCUUCGCGGCCGCGGCGCGCUGUUCGCGAUGAAGGUGAUGGACAAGGGGUCCCUCGCCGGCCGGAACAAGUUGGCCCGCGCGCAGACGGAGCGCGAGAUCCUCGGCCUGCUCGAUCACCCCUUCCUACCCACGCUCUACUCCCACUUCGAGACCGACAAGUUCUGCUGCCUCCUCAUGGAGUACUGCAGCGGCGGCAACCUCCACUCGCUCCGGCAGAAGCAGCCCAACAAGCGCUUCACCGAGGACGCCGCAAGGUUUUACGCGUCUGAAGUGCUGCUUGCGCUGGAGUACCUGCACAUGCUGGGCGUCGUGUACCGUGACCUCAAGCCGGAGAACGUGCUGGUCAGGGAGGAAGGCCACAUCAUGCUCUCCGACUUCGACCUCUCCCUGCGGUGCUCCGUCAGCCCGGCGCUCGUCCGGUCCCCGUCCGGCCGUGUCGGCGGCGGUCUCGCCCACGGCUGCAUGCUUCCGCGCAUCCUCCCGACCAAGAGGAGCAAGAAGAAGGGGAGUAAGGAUAAGGACAAGGCCAAGCUGGACGAGCCGGUGACCAGCGGCGGCAAGAAGCUGCCGCCGACGUCGCUGGAGUUCACGGCCGAGCCGACGGGCGCGCGGUCGAUGUCGUUCGUGGGCACGCACGAGUACCUGGCGCCGGAGAUCAUACGCGGCGAGGGCCACGGCAGCGCCGUCGACUGGUGGACCUUCGGCGUCUUCCUGUACGAGCUGCUGCACGGCGCCACGCCGUUCAAGGGAUCCGGGAACCGCGCCACGCUCUUCAACGUCGUCGCGCAGCCGCUGCGGUUCCCCGACGCGCCGGCGGUCAGCGCCGCGGCCAGGGACCUCAUCCGGGGCCUGCUGGCCAAGGAGCCGCAGAACCGGCUCGCGUGCCGGCGCGGCGCCGCGGAGGUCAAGCAGCACCCCUUCUUCGAGGGCGUGAACUGGGCGCUGGUCAGGAGCGCCAAGCCACCCUUCAUCCCCGACGCCACCGUUGACCACGGCUCCCAGUUCGACGGCGACGCCAUGGCGGCGGUGCAAGGCGGCACGCCGAAAAGCGCCGGCCGGAAAACCAGCUCGCGUCACACUGAUUCGUCGCAUAUUGAUUUUGAGUACUUUUAGGAGGUGAUCACAUAAGAUGUGUUGAUUGCUCCAUUUGUAUCUUGUCCUUGCAAGUUGCAUUUUCUGAAUCCUGAUAUGUAUUCCUA